AUGUGCACAUUUUUGGGCACAAAACCAACCUUUAACCAGUUAUCAGUGCACUUGAUUGGACUGUGGCUGCCCUCCAUGCCGAGCUCUGACACUAUCAUCUCUAUCGGCAACAGUGAUGAUGAAGAUAGGGAUGAUAGAGAUGAUGAUGCUGAUGAUCGUAACUAUAAUGAUGAGUAUGAUGAGAAGAAGGAGGAGAAGAAGAAAGAGGAGGAGAAUGGUGAUGAUGAUGAUGAUGAUGAUGCUGAUGAUCGUAACUACAAUGAUGAUAAUGAUGAGGAAAAGAAGAAAAAGAAGGAGGGGCAGCAGCAGGAAGAGAAGGAGAAUGGUGAUGAUAAAGAUAGGGAUGAUAGAGAAAAGGAGGAGGAGAAGAAGAAGGAGGAGCAGCAGCAGCAGCAGGAAGAAAAGGAGAAUGGUGAUGAUGAAGAUAGGGAUGAUAGAAAUGAUGAUGCUGAUGAUCGUAACUAUAAUGAUGAUGAUGAGGAGGAGGAGAAGGAGGAGGAAAAUGAUGAUGACGAUGAUGCUGAUGAUCGAAACUAUAAUGAUGAUGAUGAUGUCGAGAAAAGGAGGAGAAUAAUAAGAAGAAGCUGGAGGAGGAGGAAGAGAAUGGUGAUGAUGAUGAUGAUGCUAAUGAUCGUAACUAUAAAUGAUGAAGAUGUGGAGAAAAAGGAGGAGGAGAAGAAGAAGGAGGAGGAGGAGAAGCAGCAAGAUGAUGAUGCUGAUGAUCUUAACUAUAAUGAUGAUGAUAAUGUGGAGGAUAAGGAGGAGGAGAAGAAGAAGGAGGAGGAGAAAAUUGUUGAUGAUGAUGAUGCUAAGAAGAAGGAGGAGGAAGAGAAUGGUGAUGAUGAUGAUGAUGAUCGUUACUAUAAUGAUGAUGAUGAUGAUGCGGAGAAGAAGUAG